CACCUUUGGCCGGUUUUCUUUAAUUAAUCCCACCUAAGCGAUAUUUUUUAAUAAUCCCACAUUUAAGCCCUAACUACUUUAAUUAGACCUUACAGGUAAUAAACCUGAUUUAGCCGGUGAAGCGUCCCACGUGGCAUUAUAACCGUUGUAACUUUAAUUUUUUUUUUCCCCUUUUUAUUUCUUUAUAUCUUCAUUCUUUCUCUUUCUUCCUCAUUUUCUCUGCGACAUUUUCUUCAUCUUCUCCUCUGCAAAAAUUCUUCUUCUCCUCCACCAUUCUUGCUCCCUCACACCUCGUCGUUCAAUUCAAUUACUAUGGUUGGUUCAAAGCAAGUACCUGUCGGAUCGUCUUCAUCAAAUUCAAGGGGAGGAAUGGUACCACCAUUGUUGUGUGAAUGUGGGAAUUACUCUGUUGUGCGUACAGUUAAGCGAGGUCCAAAUGUAGGAAUGAAGUUUCAUGGCUGCCCUUUAUGGCCGGAUACGAAGUGCGAAUUUUUCAGGUGGAUUCUUCCUGAUAACAAUGAGCUUGACCACCUUCAACUUAAGAUUUUUGAAGCUAAUACGACCAUAGCUGAGAUGGAGUAUGACAAGAAGUUGAUGGAGGAAAAGAUCAAAAAAUUGCAGACUAAAAAGGAUAAUAUGGAGGAAGAUGUUCAAGAAAUGAAGAACGAGCUUUGCCAAAUGCGUAUUGAAUUGAUGAAGAGUUCAAGGAACGAAAGGAAUUGUACCAUGGCUCUGUAUUUCUCAUGGGUGUUUUUUGCCCUUCUUGUUUUUUGGUUGAAGUAGUUAACAAUAGUUUGUUAACAGUUAGUUUGUAAGUUGUUUCCAUGGUGGCAAUAAAAUGAUCAAGU